AUUCCCACACAGCCAACAGUAGUUUCGAGAACGGGUGAGCGAGUGAAUGAAGCAGUAGAAGUGUCGCUCCUGAAAAAUACUUAAUUUCUCUCACUAAAAAUUACUCGAAAAAUAAUAUUUUGUGCCUCAAAGACGCAUUGUGUGUUGUAGUUUUGGGAUUUUAUCGAAAUUUUCCCAAAAAGUGAAAGUGUGGAGUGGAAUUUAAGGGGAUUCCGGAUCCCCUCAUAGGAAAACUUGGAUGUAAACAAUGCAAAUUGAAUGUGGGAGUGUUUGGUGGAGAAGAGAAGAAAGGCCCGUGAAGUGAAACUCUACUACAACAUCCCGCAUAGCUGCUAUUUUAAUCAUACAAAUUUUUAGUGAAUGCAUCUCCGGGAAGAAAUAAUGGAUGAGGAUGAAACAGCUGAAGAUCAUGUUAAUUUCCACAACACAGUUCGAGAACAUACGAUUUUCCUCUUGCUCUUCAUGCUGCUCUAUUUGGGCUCGUAUGCACUCAUUGGGCGCUUCAGGAGACGCGACAGAGAAGACUUGUUCUCGUCAGAUGACGAUGAACUCACAGUUUAUCGCAUAAGUCUGUGGAUGUGUACAUUUUCACUGGCAAUCGCCAUUGGAGCUGCCCUCCUUCUACCACUAUCAAUUGCAAGCAAUGAAGUGCUAACACUUUAUCCAAAUAGCUACUAUGUAAAGUGGCUCAAUAGUUCCCUUAUUCAGGGGCUGUGGAAUCAUGUGUUCCUCUUCUCAAAUCUCUCACUUUUCGUCUUGCUGCCAUUCUCAUAUUUAUUUGCCGAAUCUGCGGGCUUUCUGGGUCACCAUAAAGGCAUAAUUUCACGUGCUUACGAGACAUUCACCGUUUUCUCGCUACUCGCGUUUGUUGUGCUGGGGCUCACCUACGUCAUAUCGGCGCUCAUCGAUCCAGAAAAGAGUAGCCUACAGACACUUCUCAAUUUAGGAAGCUAUCAUUUGCCAUUUCUGUAUUCAUGCGUGUCAUUCUUGGGUGUUUUACUUCUUCUUGUAUGCACCCCAUUGGGAUUUGUACGACUAUUUGGGGUCGUAGGGCAGGUUCUGGUGAAGCCCCAUCUCCUGCGUGACGUGAAUGAUGAGUAUCAUGCGUUUAAUUUCGAAGAGGCCAGCGUACGGCGAAAGCUCGCAACGACGAGCAGCAGCUACGCAGAUGCCGCACCCUAUGACCCACUGAAGGUACACUCAAAUGCCGAAGGGCUGUACCAGAGACGGAUCAAUGGGAGCAGCACGAAUGGGCAGCAACUCCACGAUGAGGUGGUGCUCAAUGAAAGACUGAGAGAGAUUGAGUCUGAUCAGCGAGAGCUGGACAAAUUGCGAUCAUCGUCGGCAUUCCAGAGGAACUUUGUCUACCCCAUUGCCAUGAUAUUGCUCCUCUUUCUCACGGGCAUCACGGUAUUGUUGGUGUGUACGAAUACCCUUGAGCUCCUAAUUGGGAUUAAAGCCCUACCCCUGAGUACGCGUCAAUUCACCCUCGGCAUUUCAUCGCUGUCGAAACUUGGACCACUUGGGGCUGCUCUGGAGGUCUGCAUCAUCUUCUACUUGGGCGCAACAUCUUCCGUGGGCUUCUACACGAUGCCCUUUAUGCGGCAUGUGCGACCACGGAGAAGAAGAACAUCCCUGUCGCAGCUCAUUGUCAACUGCGCCAUUGUUCUCAUUCUCAGCUCAGCCCUUCCACUUUUAUCCCGAAUUCUUGGAAUAUCAAAUUUUGAUCUUCUCGGGGAUUUUGGGGAGAUUGAGUGGUUGGGCAAUUUCCAAAUUGUUUUCCUGUACAAUUUGGUCUUUGGCACAGCCACAACACUCUGCAUUGUCAACAAAUUCACAGCAACAGUUCGACGGGAGUUGUGUGCACGAUUGAAAUCAUUAUUUGGUCUUUAAAGAAGAGUGCCUCCGUCACGCCAUUCUGGAGAUUUGAAGAAGGAAAUUCUAUCCCCAUCGAUAUAAUUUCCUUUUAAGAGAUUCCCAACAGCCAUAAGGAUAUUUUCGACGUAAUUUUCUGACCAUUAGUGGUACCUUUACUUACUGAAAUCAUCAUUUAACCCUCCGUAUACUAUGAGGGGUAGGUGACCGACCCCAAAGCUAUAUUUCGAUUAAUUGCACCUUAGUCCUUAAAGGUAUAAAACCAAGCUUUUGGAAUUAAGCUCCUUGGUUAUCUGAGAAGAUUAUGUGAAAAUUUGAGGUCAAUCCGACCACUAGAAAAGAAGUUAUUAACAAAAAAUGUAAGAAGAGGAAAUUCAAAAAUUGAUGUAACGGUUUAGACGUUUCUAACCUCAUAAAAUCAUCAAAAAAACUAUUUAUUUAUUUUUGUCUUCUAAAAUUAACAAAAGACUUCUUAAGGAGUGCCAAGGAGUCUAUUAAAGCUCAUUUGAUCGAAAGAAUUUGCUUUUUUGCGAAAAGUUCUAUGGGGUCGGACAGCUACCCCAUUUACGCGUGUUUUGAUCACAGUAUACGGAGGGUUAAAACAUAUUUUAGAGUAGAAAUUUUAUAAUAAGCAAUAAGAAGAGCAAAAUGCACCAUUUGGAUGUUUUUUCUUCAAAAAAUUCCUUUGUGUAAUGAACUCCACUAAUAAAAAAUAAAUAUUCAUACAAAAA